CGUGGUGCAUAAAGCCGACGCCGCUGGGGCCACCGCCGCAGUUGGUUUCCAGCAGCAGCUCUGGCCUCUUCUCGGCUGCGGGAGCAGCUUCUCCAAUGCCCCAGAGCGGCCAUGAGCUCCCCGCACUGGUGGGACCAGCUGCGGGCUGGCAGCUCGGAGGUGGACUGGUGCGAGGACAACUACACCAUCGUGCCUGCCAUCGCCGAGUUCUACAACACGAUCAGCAACGUCUUGUUUUUCAUUUUACCGCCCAUCUGCAUGUGCUUGUUUCGUCAAUAUGCAACAUGCUUCAACAGUGGCAUCUACUUAAUAUGGACUCUGUUAGUUGUAGUGGGAAUUGGAUCCGUCUACUUCCAUGCAACCCUUAGUUUCCUGGGUCAGAUGCUUGAUGAACUUGCAAUCCUUUGGGUUCUGAUGUGUGCUCUGGCCAUGUGGUUCCCCAGAAGGUAUCUACCAAAGAUCUUUCGGAAUGACAGGGGCAGGUUCAAGGCGGUGGUCUGCGUCCUGUCUGCAGUUACAACGUGCCUGGCGUUUGUCAAGCCUGCCAUCAACAACAUCUCUCUGAUGACCCUGGGGGUUCCUUGCACGGCGCUGCUCGUUGCUGAGCUAAGGAGGUGUGACAACGUGCGUGUUUUUAAGCUGGGUCUCUUCUCGGGCCUCUGGUGGACCCUCGCCCUCUUCUGCUGGAUCAGUGACCGGGCCUUCUGUGAGCUGCUGUCGUCCUUCCACUUUCCCUACCUGCACUGCGUGUGGCACAUCCUCAUCUGCCUGGCCGCCUACCUGGGCUGCGUGUGCUUCGCCUACUUUGAUGCUGCCUCCGAGAUACCCGAGCAAGGCCCCGUCAUCAAGUUUUGGCCCAGCGAGAGAUGGGCCUUCAUCGGUGUCCCCUACGUGUCCCUUCUGUGCGCCAACAAGAAAUCACCCGUCAAGAUCACGUGAUGGCGAGGCAGUGGCUGGCCUCUCUGCUUAUCUUCUCUCACGCACCUAAACUUCAUCUCCCAGCAGAGACAGCCAGCGGGGUUCGCAGAGUCGGGGGUGGGGUCUGUCUUUUAAAAAUUCAGUGCCCUUGGGUUCUAACUAGUGUGUCUGUGGACCGCCAGGACUCCACGGUGCCUGGGGAGCAGCGGGUGUCUUCCCCUUUCCCAAAGAUGGGAAGUAGAGGGCCGAGGGGCACUAGGUGUGUCUUCUCAGUGUCACCUCCAGCUGCAGUGCUCAUUGGGCUGCGUCCUUUAUGGUGAUGGCAGAGCUGUCCCGUGGGGGACCCAGCGCUGCACACGCCUCGCUUCCUGGUGAGGGUUUGCUCCAGAUCCCACCGUUCCCAUGUGCUCUCGGAGCGGACCCUCCCUUGACAGACAAAUCCUGCGCCCGACAAGACCCUCUGACUGUAUGAUGGAAGAGGCCAGAGAUUUUCAUUUGGGGAAACUGUCCUGAAACGAAAGCAAACAAAUGGAACACACACAGGGCUCGCGGCUAAGGAGGCUGGUUUCCCCCCUUGCAUCUCUCCGUAACCCAGGGUUUACAUACAUGUGUGCAUCCUUUUCCUGCUACCUCUUCUGAGAGAUGGGAACUUGACUUCAGAUCAGGGUGAAGCUAACAAGAAAAACCCUCCGUGUGUGCCAAAAAUGACACUCCACUUUAAGCCGUUCUUGAAGAUAAGCGCAAGUUUUAAAUGCUGACACGGUCCCCGCCCCUCAGCCCAGUACGCUCCAGCACACAAAGAGAAGACUAGCUACGGUGUGAGUGGUGUGAGCGUUCCAUGCAGAGACCCACCCCUUUACUGCUUGACCUCUGUGACAUUGCCAACGGCCUGUGACAAUCGUGGUAGGGGUCCUGGUUCAAACUGGAGCAAACAUGAAGUUUUAGAAGUUGUUCUCAUUGGAAGCCUCCUGUAUGCUGUCCUAUUCCGGAAAUUAUCCUCAAGAAUCUUGCCGCUUCUGUCUUUGAUAUUUACUGUGGGAAUUACACUCGGUAUCCUCACAGUAUGAGGUGCUUCCUAUGGUUUCUCCGCGCCGGCGUUUGACCACGUGCUUUUCUUAAGUGCUGGCCUUAACUACACACUGGCUGCUUUGGGUGCAGCAGGGCAAAUCUCUUGCCUUCUGAGUUCUCACCUAAAGUGACACUGGCUGCAACUGCUGUCCUCUUCACUGGGCUGAAUGGGAGACUCCGCAUAUGUCUUCAAGGUGCGAGGUGGGAAUUCGUGACCUCAGGGAUACUCAUUUUAACUCAGGCAUCUCUUGCUUUGCAACAUUCCAUCACGGGAGAGGGCAGAACAGAUGUGUCCUUCUUGUGUGGAUGGGAAUCAUGUCACUGUCCUAAGUAUUUAAGAGUUGGGCAGUAGCAGUUUUUGGCUUGUCCGGGAACUCUUACUCUGGUUAAAAUUUGCACAGAAUUGCAGGUGAAAAGUCCAAGAAGCAACUGAAUUUAGACUUUAGAAAUGAGUGACUUUAUUCUACUUCUGUGGUUUUCAAAUUAUUUUAGCAGCAGAAUCCUGUUUGCAGUAAGAAAUCUUUAUGGAGACCUAAUGUGUGAAAUAAUUUGUAUUUUAUUAGCUUAAAUUUAUUUCGAGGUUGAACUUACAGCACUUCGUGAAUAAUAUAAAAGGCAGUGAAAAUGGAAAUUAACAAAUUGGUCAUUUCCAAGGUAGAAAAAAUUUGGUAUUGAAUGAGUGUACAUGUUGCUUUAUUAUAGUUUAAAAAACGGUAUUUGAAUUAAAUACUCAUGGAAUCUUUAAUCUACCCAUAUGAGACCUAGGUGACUUGUGGAACAGAAUUGGAAAAACUGCUCUUAAGUCCUUUGGGUUUCAAGUCUAGAAUUUUCUUUAAAGGGAAACGUCAGACCAUCCAGAUUGACCCACCAGGCACGGAUUCUCAUCUCCUCCAUCCUGCAAUAUAAAAAUGCUCCAAGUAGGGAGUUUGUUGUAUUUUAAGCCCAGCUCUUUUAGUGCGAAAAAGUAAAUAAGGAGAAGCAGAGAGUGUAGGAAAUGUUUUGUGUGUGUGUGAGGUUUAAUUUCUGUCUUGAAAGCUCCUCAGUGAUGGGAGCAUUGUCCCAACCAUUAAGGAGGGACCGUUUCUCCCUAUGAAAUGAAGGGUGUGUUCCAUGGGAAACACCACCUCCAGCCCCCAAGGCUUUGACAUUGCCCUUCCGGAAGGUUCUGAGUGACCUUUGGAAAUAGGGAUACAAUGUGACUCUGCUGGAAGUAAGGAAGUAAGUACACUAACUCACAGGACUAUUUCUCUGCUUCUCCUACAAGACAAAUGACUAAGUUAAGUUUCGGAGAGAAUGCUUUUGUUAUGAAAAACAGAAUGCCCUUCUAGAGAUUGGUUUUAAUGAGAUGAAGACUGAGAAAAAAGUGUGGAAUGGGGUAUAUUUGAGGAAGACAAGACUUUGCUUUUGAACAGAAAUCACUAUGCUUGCCAGCGUGGGAUGGUAAAUCAAGAGAGUAGGAAUAGGGCUUCCCUGGUGGCGCAGUGGUUAAGAAUCCGCCUGCCAAUGCAGGGGACACGGGUUCGAGCCCUGGUCCAGGAAGAUCCCACAUGCUGCGGAGCAACUAAGCCCGUGCGCCACAACUACUGAGCCUGUGUGCCACAGCUACUGAGCCUGUGUGCCACAACUACUGAAGCCCGCGCAUCUAGAGCCCGUGCUCCUCAACAAGAGAAGCCACCGCAAUGAGAAGCCUGAGCACCGCAUCAAAGAGUAGCCCCGGCUCGCUGCAACUAGAGAAAGCCCACGUGCAGCAACGAAGACCCAACGCAGACAAAAAUAAAUAAAUAAAAUAAACAAAAUUUUAAAAAGAGUAGGAAUAUACCAAUCUUACUUUAAGUUAGGUUUAUGGCAUCAUGUAUAUUUACAUUUGUAUUCAUAGUGCUCAUAGCACUACAUGCAUUUUAAAGAAAAUGGGGAUAUUAAGAAAAGUUGAUGGAGAAGAAAUAAAGUAAUGUGUAUUUCUGUAGCUCAAGGACAACCAUUGUUAAUAUAUUUUGAUAUAUUUCCUUCUUGUCUUUUUUUUCCUAAUAUAGUUGUCCAUUGAUGUCUUUUAGAGCUGACAGUUGAUCUUGUACCUUGAAUGGAAUAUAAAUGCCAGUUGUAUAUUUUUCCUGAAGAGCAGGUUUUGGGAUAUACGAGAGAGUUAGCUAUGCUCUUGAGUGUUCAUCACUGGAUUCUAAGACUUACUACUGAGCCUUCCCUUUUAAUCGAGCCUCACAUGAAUGGGCCCUAAGAAAUAAUGAACUGAAUUCUGCUUUUUGAUAUGCUUCUGCACUUAGAUGGACAAGUCAUAGAAAAUAGCUGUUAAAUAUAUGGUUCUACAGGUUUUGAUGUUUUCAGAUUUUAAAAAAGUGCAUAGCUCAUUUCAUUAAUUGAUGUGAAAUCAAGAAUCCUUUUUUUCCCCCCUGAUAAUUCAGGGAAGUGGAGAUUUGACAUUUAGGAGUUAGGUCAUGGCGGUUCCUCAGCAUGGCUAUUAGAUAUUUGUUCUGGUUAGAAUUUGCCUAAGAGAGAUACCCAGCAGGAACUGGAUUUAGAAUAUUAAAAAACAUUAAUUUACCAAGUGAUCACUUAAGUUAAUGAUUCUUGUUUUAUAGUGUUUGAUGAUUUUUAGAAAAUAUUUUCUCCCCUUUAUUAUUAUAAUGUAAAACAAGCACUUCAGUGAGUAUAUUGCAGGUGUUUGGGGAUGAGAUAUCUACACCUGUUUGGUAAUAGGCUACCUUUUGGGGGAACUCUGUGCCUGUCCUUCUGAAGAGUGCCUAUACAACAUGAAUUGUGGAUCAAAGUUGUUCUGUUGGGGGACUAACCUUGAUGGUCAUCAAGCACAGGCUUUGUAAAAAUACCAUCACGUCUUCUAUUUAUUGGAUUUCUCAGGUGUGUAAAAACUUCUUACUAGUUCAUUAUGCUUACCUGAGCUGCUGCCAUACCGAAGGCUCCAAAACUGGGAUGUGAUCCUUCCCCGGCUCUUUAUCCCUCGGGGCUGACAUGGAACCAUCUCUGGGGGACAGGUGAGGGCUGAAGCUUGCCUGGCCAGAGCCCCCCUCAUAGCUCCUUUUCCCCAAAUGAACUUGGAACCUUUAAUAGCCAGCUCUUUGCCUGGGUCCUGCUGACCCAGCUGGUCAAAGAGGAGUCUCGGGCCAGGUUGGGAUUCUCAAUGGAUUUUAUAGACAUCGUUCUCCUACAGAUUUUUUUUUUUUUUUUUUUUUAAUGACCCCUACUCUAAGGGACUAAUUGUUUGAAUUGUGUCUUUCCCUAUAUGUUAAACCAGAUUUAAGGCGAUGUAACCACAAUAUGUAAUCAGAGCAAAUAGAGUAUUUUCAGAUAUAUACCUUGUUCUGUCCUUCAUAUAGGGUGUGCUGUAUAUGGGUGGUAGGCCCACGGGCUGUGGUAGCGUUUCAUCUCCAUUACUUUGGGAGUAAUUCAAGGCCUUUUGAAAUGGAGCUUUUGCACUUUAUGCUCUUUUUUUGAACUGACUGUGAUAGCUAUGUUUGAUAUUAAAGCUAUAAGUGGUAUUUUCUGUGAA